ACUCUAACAGCAGCAGCAGCAGUCAGUUCAAGAGCUUCCCAGUUGACUUAAGAUCAUGGAUCCAUGUACAAUGAUUGCAGCUGGUGCAGGAGCUGCCGUAGCAGUUGCUGGAGCUCCUGCUAUUCUUGGACUGGCCGGUUUCACUGCCGGUGGAAUUGCUGCAAGUUCGCUUGCCUCCAGCAUGAUGUCAGCAGCCGCUGUGGCAAACGGAGGCGGAAUCGCUGCUGGAUCAGUGGUAGCGGCCCUUCAAGCAGCAGGUGCUGCUGGGAUCCCUGUUGCAGCUCAGGCUGUUAUAGGUGCCAUCGGGGGCACUCUGGGUGGUGCUUUGGGGGGAUCAUUUGUUUGUAGUGCAGGAGCUGCAGGGGCUGCAGCAGGUGAAGGCAUCAUUGGCAGUGUGGGAGCUGCCGUGAGCACAGCUGCCAGUUUAAUUGUGUGACAGGUUCAUAUAUCUAUGCCUGUUUAUUUAAACAUAUUAUUUAACUAAUCCACAACCAUAAAUGUUGACAUUACUAACUGCUUUAAGAAUAAUUUAAAUCUUUAAUUACUUUAAACUUGUAAUACAAAUUUUAUUUGCUCUUAUGAUGAAUUGCAAAACAAUAUUUUAACUGAAGAUGUGAGUUUAUUUUCUUGUCUUAAGAAAUGAAACUUAAAAAUAUAUAUCAAUAAAUUGCAUUAUAAAUCC